CAGACUUAAGUGGCACCACAAGUUACUGGCGCCUACUGGCCUGCGAGAGGGUGAAGCAAACGACUAAGAAGGCUCGUUAGACACUCAACAAGCCCAUCUCAAAUCGUUCUUCUGGAUUUGCUCGUUUCCGCCAUACAGGGGUUUAUCCGCUUUCGGACGGUCGUAUUUUCCUUUUGACGCCGCUUCUCGCAACUCUUGUUUUUCAGCCAUAUGGCAUCUUUGUUGGCCCUGCGCCAGGUUCUUGGUCCUGGUAGCUCAGAGAUCACCUCCUCGCAGUUCCACACCUCGUCUAUCGUAUUGGCUCAAUUACGUAGGAAAUCCAAAAAACCGAGUGGCAAGCCAUCCUCUCCACCACGUACUCGUCUUGCGAAAUCACUCGAGCCAACAGGCAAAGCAAAGAGGCUGGGAAAACUUGAGAUAGCACCAUCACGUCCAGAAUUCAAGCGUGAUCCUGUCCCGCAUGAAGGCAUCGCGCCGCAACAGCGAGAGAGCCCGCCUAGGCGGAAGACGACUUCGGAAUCAAGAUCCAUUCCAAAGCGCCGUGCGCCAACCGACGAUGCGGAUGCUGAGACUCAGGUCAAGAAUUGGGCUAUUAAAGCUCAUUCUGAACGUGUAGACAGGCGCAAGGCUUUAGCAUCAUCAACCGCCCACUCAACUUCUUCAAGUCAAGACCUUCCCACUCGGUUCUCUUCUCCGCCCUUAAUGCCUGGGCUGUUACAAAGUUUACAAGAGACACUAGGAAAGGAAGCAAGGCCAACUGCUAUUCAAGCGUCGUCGAUGAAGCAUUUGUUCAAGGAACACGUGGAAGGUGAGAAGUACAAGGAGUUCCUUCUUGCUAGCGAGACAGGGUCGGGCAAGUCGAUAGCAUACCUCCUCCCGGUACUGCAGGAUCUCAAAUGCACGGAGCACGAACAGUCCAACGCUGUUGCCCACCAUUCGUCUCGCAAGCCUUUGAAUCCACGUGCGCUCGUACUUGCGCCUACACAUGAACUCACUCGCCAACUUGCAAGCUUCGCAAAGAGCUUGUCUCAUGUUAUCAAGUUGCGUGUUAUGUGCGCUAGCAAGGCGAAUACACCCAGUACGGCUAAGUCUAGUGGAACUGCUUCGAAAAUGAAAGGAAAAUUCGGGGAAGUUGGUGCUGCGAGUGACGCUGAGUUCGUCAUCUCAAAAUCUUCUCGUGGGUCGAGACCGGUAGACCUGUUACUGGGAACGCCAAACAAACUUCUUGAGAUGGAGCGCGGGAGAGGCUGGAACUGGGAGGAGCGAGCGAGAGAGCGAGCAAUGAGGAUAGGGAAAGCAAAAUCCGAAGAUCACGAAGAUGUAAAGGAAGAAGACGGAGGCAAUACAGAACCGCCGCGAGAGUUCUGGGUUGAUGAACCCGAGAUGGGCUUGCAGAACGUGCAGUGGGUGGUUGUAGACGAGGCAGACGUCCUGUUUGAUCCGGACUUCCAAGAAUCCACUCGCAUGCUUCUUGCCGAUAUCGCUGCAGCACGUGAAGCGACAACCACCCAAUCAAUCUCCUACCCGUUCAACUUCCUUCUCACCAGCGCAACAAUCCCCACAUCUCUUGCCACCUAUCUUUCAAACUACCACCCAUCCCUCACCCGCCUUGCAUCCCCGCGGCUGCAUCACCUUCCUCCGACCCUUCGCACAGAACAUACCUCAUGGACAGGCGGGAAUAAGAGCGCAGACAUCGAGCGCCGCAUCCGUCGCGUUUGGGCGGAAGAUGCUCUCGUGCACUCUAAGACUGCAACCGGUCCCGGCCCUAUUAAACUCUCCAAACUCCUUGUCUUCUGCAACAAACGCAGCAAAGUCGAGCAACUCGCUGCAUUCCUCGACGGCCGCGGCAUCAAAUGCGUCGCGCUCACCGGUGGUGCAGAAGCACGCAAACGGGGGUCGAAUCACCAUCUCGAUGGGUUCUUGAAGACAGGUGGGCCUGUGCCGACGGGUCCGGGUGUGUGUGAUCCGGCUCAGACGCCUCAUGUACUUGUUACAACCUCGCUUCUUUCCCGCGGGCUGGAUUUUUCGCCGAUGAUUAAACAUGUGUUUAUUGUCGAUGAGCCGAGGAAUAUGAUUGAUUUUUUGCAUCGUGCUGGUCGUGCGGGGCGUGCGGGCGAGGCGGGGAAGGUAGUGGUGUUCGGGAGAGCGAAAGGGAGGGGUAGCGGGCGAACGGAGGAAGUUAAACAGAGGGUUAAGGCUGUUGCUGGAUAG